GGCCUGCAGGGAGCAGCCGCGAGCCGGCCGGGCGCGCCGAGCCCGAAGCCCCAGCCGGAGCGGGGCGGGGGAGGGAGGAGCCAGAGCGGCCGCCGCCUCUGCCGGAGGAGCCGCGGGGCCGCCACACUCGCCCCCCGCCCCCCCGCGCUCACUCGCACUCACACCCGGGCGCUGGAGGCGGGCGGCCCGGGCCCCACUGGCCCCCCAUGGACGCCCCCGACCCGGGGCGCUGAGACCCCAGUGUUGCUGCCCAGCCAGGUCUAGCGCGCCACGCCGAGGGAUCUUUGGACAGAGCAAGACUUCAAAGCUACUCUUCUAGCCCCUAGCCCAGGAACCUCCGCAGUCCCAGCUUGCCCUCCAGCUCUCCUAUCUGCCACUCCCUGGCCCCUCCCACCGCCCGCCCCCCUUGGGGUGCAGGGCAUGGUGUGAAAGGCCAAGUGCUGAGGCGGGUACCAUGGGUGCUGUGCCCUAGGGCCUGGGUGGUGGGGGGUGGGUGGCCUGUGGGUGUGCCGGGGGGGCCAGUGUGCCCACCCCAGUCUCUUGGCGUGCUGGAGGGCAUCCUGGAUGGAAUUGAAGUGAAUGGAACAGAAGCCAAGCAAGGUGGAGUGUGGGUCAGACCCAGAGGAGAACAGUGCCAGGUCACCAGAUGGAAAGCGAAAAAGAAAGAACGGCCAAUGUUCCCUGAAAACCAGUAUGUCAGGGUAUAUCCCUAGUUACCUGGACAAAGACGAGCAGUGUGUCGUGUGUGGGGACAAGGCAACCGGUUAUCACUACCGCUGUAUCACUUGUGAGGGCUGCAAGGGCUUCUUUCGCCGCACAAUCCAGAAGAACCUUCAUCCCACCUAUUCCUGCAAAUAUGACAGCUGCUGUGUCAUUGACAAGAUCACCCGUAAUCAGUGCCAGCUGUGCCGCUUCAAGAAGUGCAUCGCCGUGGGCAUGGCCAUGGACUUGGUUCUAGAUGACUCGAAGCGGGUGGCCAAGCGCAAGCUGAUUGAGCAGAACCGGGAGCGGCGGCGGAAGGAGGAGAUGAUCCGAUCACUGCAGCAGCGACCAGAGCCCACUCCAGAGGAGUGGGAUCUGAUCCAUGUUGCCACAGAGGCCCAUCGCAGCACCAAUGCCCAGGGCAGCCAUUGGAAGCAGAGGCGAAAAUUCCUGCCUGACGACAUUGGCCAGUCACCCAUCGUCUCCAUGCCAGAUGGAGACAAGGUAGACCUAGAGGCCUUCAGUGAGUUUACCAAGAUCAUCACCCCAGCCAUCACACGUGUGGUGGACUUUGCCAAAAAACUGCCCAUGUUCUCCGAGCUGCCUUGCGAAGACCAGAUCAUCCUCUUGAAGGGGUGCUGCAUGGAGAUCAUGUCCCUGCGGGCGGCUGUCCGCUAUGACCCGGAGAGUGAUACCCUGACAUUGAGUGGGGAAAUGGCUGUCAAGCGGGAGCAGCUUAAGAAUGGUGGCCUGGGCGUAGUCUCUGACGCCAUUUUUGAACUGGGCAAGUCACUUUCUGCCUUUAACCUGGAUGACACGGAAGUGGCUCUGCUACAGGCUGUGCUGCUAAUGUCAACAGACCGCUCGGGCCUGCUGUGUGUGGACAAGAUUGAGAAGAGUCAGGAGGCGUACCUGCUGGCAUUCGAGCACUACGUCAACCACCGCAAACACAACAUUCCGCACUUCUGGCCCAAGCUGCUGAUGAAGGUGACUGACCUCCGCAUGAUCGGGGCCUGCCACGCCAGCCGCUUCCUCCACAUGAAAGUCGAGUGCCCCACCGAACUCUUCCCCCCACUCUUCCUGGAGGUCUUUGAGGAUCAGGAAGUCUAAAGCCUCAGGAGGCCAGAGGGUGUGCGGAGCUGGUGGGGAGGAGCCUGGAGAGACGGGGCAGAGCUGGGGGCUGAGGGAGACCCCCCCCACAUACCUCUUCUCUCCUUCCUCCCAUCCUUGGAUAGAUGCAGCUCCCACACACCCCUGCACUGCCCAAGUCCCCCUCAGAACCUCCAGCCCUGGGACAGGGCAUACAAAUGAACUUGUUAUGAAAGGACAGUGUGGGAGGCUGGGACCUAUGUCCUGCAGUUUCCAAGACCCCGUCCUCUAAAAAGAUAGGGGCAGGGAGGAAGAAUAAAGAGGGACAAGCCAUCUUGACUGUAGGGAAAGGAGGAAUGAGGGAUGGGGGCAGAUGCCCUCAUUCACCCCCUACACACACACAAGAGAGCCCCUGCCCAGUUCCUUGGCCUAGGUUUCCCCUCCAGGCUAAGGGCGUCUACUUCCCCAGAUGUCUGGGUGCAAAAGAUGGCUUGGCUUGGCUCCUCCCCUGGAGGCUAAAAAUGAUAGUCAUCCUAACUGCACUUUGGAAACCAAGCAAGGGGAGAAGAUAAAUGAAGAAAAACUAGACAGAGGGGGGGAAAAAAAGACAAAAAAAGAGAGAGAAUGAUAGAGAGAGAUGAUAUUAAGUUAUUAGCUGAGGCUGGCCAGAGGGGAAGGCCCUCCCCUUCCCACCCCCAUGCACUUUGAUAGCUGCCCUUCCUCCCUCCAAAUCAGAGAAGAAUGCCCCCCAGCAGACCCCCAAGGGUAGGGCUGCCGAUCAGAGCUGUGAGUUGACACAACAGGGUUCUGGCACCCCCUUGCCUUGCCCCUACCCUGUGCCCCUUUGGCACCCCCCCACCCUAGUACUUCCUCUGCCCUCUGCCACUCGUGCCCGCUGAGUUCCAUCUACCUCUCACGCUGGAUGCCAGCUGGCCCCUCACCAGCCUGCCCUGCUGCCCACACAGCUCCCCUUUCAAGUGCCCAACCGCAGGGGCCUCCCUGUCCCCCUCCUCCCACACCUUGGCACCCACACAGGAAAAAUUGUGGCCCAGCCUCCUUCCCUCCCCAUCCUGCAGCAUUAGCUACAAUCCAGAUGCUGCUGCGUGGGGGAGGGGCUGUGCGUGAGCAUCUCCCAGAGCCUCUACCCUGUAGGACUGUUUCCCUGUUUCCUGUCUGUCUUCUUGGUUCCCUCUGACCUCUGUCCUCCAUCUUCCCCACCCCCAUUCAAUGCACUAACCCAGACUCGGGGUGGGUGGGCACAUAAUGGGGAUGUUUCCAUCAGUGGCACUUAGUUGGGGCCCCAGGGGAGGAGGAAGUUGGUGCUCCUCCUAUUUUCUUUGAAGCUCUUCAGGCCAGCUGCCCCUCUGCCCCUGGGACCCCUUUUCCCUCCUCUUUUCUCUAAUUCAGGGACUUUGGCUUGAGCCACCUCUCACUCUCUGGGGAGGAGUGCUCUGUUGGUCUGCACUUGGGUGAGCUGCCCUCCUCCUCCUCCUCCUCUUCUUCCUCCUCCCUUUGGCUACAGCCUACCCUCAGGGGAGAGAGGGAGGGAAGAGAAGGAGGGACACAACAGACCAGAGGGCCCUGGCCUCAGGGCUGCAUGUCGGCAGGGAUGGAUGGGUGGACAUAUAUGCCCCCGGAAGCCAUGGGGAAUGGGGCAGGGGGUGGGGGAAGGGUGCCAGGGCUUCCUGCGCUUUGCACUAUUGGGGCAAAAAUGUCUUAAGCAGUGGGGAACCUGCCACCCCACUCUGACCCUCAGCCUGCCACAGCCCCCUACUUAGACACACACACACACACACACACACACACACACCAACCACACACACACACACCACACACACGGCAAUGCUGCCUGACAGGGCAGUGUCCUUCACUGUUCAGGUGUUACCACCCAGUGGAGGGCCCAAAGGAGCAUCUUUGUCACCUGUGUGUGUGCCUGCCCCUCUCCUCUUCCCCUCUACCCUUGGGCCACCUGUGCUAUCUUUGUCUGUCUCUAUUCUUUCUCUCUCUCUCUCCUGGAGUACUGAUUCCUGUAUUCCACCAGUCCCAUGGGUAAACCCUCUCAGAACUUCCUCCCACACCUGGGGACCCAGUGAAGUUCCUGACCCCUGCCUGCAGUUUCCCACCUUUCUCCAGCCCCACCCCUGCCCCUCCAACCCCAUUCUCAGCCAUGGACUUUGCCUGUUAUAGGCACUUGGGAAUCCCCCCACCAUCCCCAAUCAAAUGAGCUGUGAUCCUCCAACCCCUCAGCCCCUCCCCUCUACUUGGUGACGUGGGGUGUAUGUGUGCAGUUUCUCUGGGUGAAUGUGUGAGUGAGUACAUGUGGUGGGGGAGGAGCCAGGGAGACUCAGGAGUGCCACGCACCUGCUCUAGAGGCAGCUGUCCCAGUCCCUGCUGUGGAAGUGGGGGACAGGGCCCUCUCCUGGGGGCCAUUGGUGCUAAUGGGGGGAUGGCCUUGGCGUGGGUGCUUAGCAUGCCUCCCCCGGUGUUGGCCCAGGGCACUACGGCAGGCAGGGUGGGGCAGCAGGUGCAGUAUUGGUGGGAGGAUGGAUUGCUGGGAAUAGGUUGAGGGAGCCAGGCUAGGACAAGGGGGUGCCAGAGCCAUGACCACUACCCCGCCCCCACCACCCGCCUCUCCAUCUCAGUAUUCCCCCUCCCAUCACUUAUAACACACAUACCUCAUCCAGCCCCUCCCUGCUCAGACUUGGGGAGGGUGGGGGAGGAGGAGCCCCUACCCCUUCCCCCCCCCCCGGGGGGGCGGGUCUGCAGGGUUGGGAGAGGGCAGGGCGUGUGACACAGACACCGUCUGGUAAGGGGGACAGUACUUCCUGCCCUGGGAACUCCUGGGUGGGGGAGGGGGACACUGCCCAGAGGCGCUACUGAAUGUAUGAGAAGCUGGUGCUGGGGUGGGGGGAGGGGGGUUGUGGCCAGAAACAGGGAAGGAGGUAGGUCCCUUCCCCAGGGAGGGGUGGGACCGGUAGGGGUGACUUGCGGGGCUCCUACUCCUGCCCCACGUUGACAAUCAGUAUGUCUGUUAUGUGCGAUUUUUCACCCCGUUGUGUUUUGGGUCAGGAUUUUAAAGAAAGAUAUUUUUAUGGUAAUUGUUGCUCGUCUAUUUUACUAUAUAUUUAUGUAAUAAAUAUAUGAUGAAAAUAA